AUGGGUAAUACAAUGAAAGAGGAAGGUUCAUCUUCUUCUACAUCCUUAGUAGGAGGAUCGUCGGUUUAUAUAAGUGAUGAGGGGGUUUCGAAUUUGAGCCAUUAUAAACCCUCAUCACAAUUGGAUUAUUCAUUUAUUUCAAAGAUUUUGAAUCCGUAUUGGAAUUAUGUUGCUACAUUGUUUCCUGAUUGGAUGGCACCGAAUACAAUUACUCUGAUUGGAUUUUUGGCUGUUGUUUUUACAUUUCUUGCAACAAUUUAUACGAAUGAUAGUGCAGAGCAUCGUUGGAUUUAUCUGAUGAAUGCAAUUGCAUUGUUUUGGUAUCAAACAAUGGAUGCUUGUGAUGGAAAACAUGCCAGAAGAACACAAACUUCUUCACCUCUUGGAGAAUUAUUCGAUCAUGGUUGUGAUUCAAUUAAUUCUCUAAUGCAAACAGUGUUGGCUUUGGCUGCAAUGCAAUUAUUGAAUGUGGAUGAUGCUUGGAUUUGUUUUGUAACAUUGUUAACUGUAACUGCCAUGUUUUACAUUUCAAUUUGGCAACAGUACCAUACUGCAGUAUUGAAUUUUCAAAACUUUUCUGGACCAACCGAGGGUCAAUUUGUAGUCAUGAUUGUCAACUUGGUUGUAUUUGCAUUCGGACCUAUUGUAUUCAAUGAUAACUUGAUUCACUUGAUUCUAGGUAAUGUGGACGAAUCCAGUAUGUUGUAUAGUUUGUCGAAGAGCGAGUUUGUCAAAUUGAAGUAUAUUAUCAUUUUUGGAGUCAAUGUGUCUACCAUUACUGGAGUAUUCCAAUGUUUAAGAGAUACAAUCCAGUCAAUUAACAAUACACAUGAUUUGGAAAAUUCAAAUGGACAAGAAAAGAGAAUGAACAAAACUCCUGUUUUUAAAUCUCUCUGUUCCUACCUAGUGUUUGCUUUGGUAUUUACCGUUUGGAUUCUCAUAUCUGGUAGUAAGCAAACGUUGGAAAGAAAUCUCUUGUCGGUUCUCUAUUCCUACGGCAUGUUUCAUGCAUACAUAGUAACAAGGACCAUAUUGGCCAGAGUUUGUGAUAUGACCAUUCCAACUCUUAUGCCAGUUCUGUAUUUCCUAAUUGUUGGAUUGUUGAACACCCUAUUUGGAAUUAUGAAAGGAGGAAAUGCCAUUCUAGAUGAAGGAUUAUAUUUGAAUAUUUUGGUCAUUGUGACCACUAUUAUGUAUACUCAUCUGGCCUAUGAUGUCAUUUCCACAUUAACUGCACACUUGGGAAUUUAUUGUUUUAGUGUGCAAAAAAGGAAUCCAAUCAAUCCAACCUCAAAAUAA